CAGCCAAUCCGACCUUCGCUUUGGCGGGGCAGCGGCGUGCGACGCAACUAGUCUCCAGUGCCGGGCGGGAUUUCAGUAACAAGGAGGAAUAUGGCGAAGACUUACGAUUACUUGUUUAAACUACUAUUGAUCGGGGACUCGGGCGUCGGGAAGACCUGCGUGCUGUUCAGAUUUUCAGAAGAUGCCUUUAAUUCAACGUUUAUUUCAACUAUAGGUAUUGAUUUUAAAAUCAGAACAAUAGAACUGGACGGCAAGAAGAUCAAACUACAGAUAUGGGACACAGCAGGGCAAGAGCGAUUUCGAACAAUCACGACGGCGUACUACCGAGGAGCUAUGGGGAUCAUGCUGGUGUAUGACAUCACCAACGAAAAGUCUUUCGACAACAUCAAGAACUGGAUACGAAACAUAGAGGAGCACGCCUCGGCCGACGUAGAGAAGAUGGUCCUUGGAAAUAAGUGCGAUGUAAAUGAGAAGCGGCAGGUUUCCAAAGAGCGAGGAGAGAAGCUGGCAUUGGAGUAUGGAAUCAAAUUCAUAGAAACCAGCGCAAAGGCAAAUAUCAACGUGGAAAAUGCGUUUUUAGCUCUUGCCAGUGAUAUCAAAGCAAAAAUGGACAAGAAAUUGGAAGGCAACAGUCCACAAGGCAGCAGUCAAGGGGUGAAGAUCAGCACAGAACAACAGAAGAAGAGCAGUUUCUUCCGCUGUGUCGUACUGUGAGGGACCGCAGCCUUACUGGAGCCCCGCACGGCUCAACCAAACCGGACUGCGCUUGCUCCCAGUGCCCUAAUCCCCCCCCCCCCCCCCCCCCGGAUCCAUCCUCUCCCCUACAGGCCCUGCGCUACUGCGGACAGCCACACUCGGAUUCAGCCGUUCCUUCCAACUUGUUUGGGUGUUGCAUGGCAACAGCGUUUUCUGCAAGGGAAGCGGGGUUAGGGUAGAACGGGGUUCAAAGAGGAACUGCACCGAAGCGGGAAAUGUCCUUGUCGUCUUAGCGAAACAGCAGAAAGAAUCGAGUUCUCUCUGGUGUUGUUAAAUGUGGUUUUACUCUUUGAAUUCUGCACAGAGCGACCAAGUCCCCUCCCACUUUAGAAUUAUGAAUCCUUGAUGAAUUCUAUCCAUUCCAUACCGGGUGUUCUGAUCCCUCUGAGUACCUUGUCAGGUGAGCGAGUUUCGAGAUUUUAAACAUGCUCCCAGCUCAGGGCUCAAGAGCUCAUUCCUAGUUGAUCAAAUCGCUCUGCCUUUCUGAUAUGCAAUAAAAAUGA